UUUCAGAUACCUGACUACAGAAAUGCUGUCAUAGUAGCCAGGAAUCCAGGAUCUGCAAAGAAGGCGACAUCCUAUGCCGAAAGGCUUAGGCUAGGUAUAGCAGUAAUUCAUGGAGAACAGAAAGAAUCGGAAUCUGAUAUGGUAGAUGGGAGAUAUUCUCCGCCCCCUGCUGUGUCAGCAUGCCGGACGAUGGAUGUUGGAUUAGAUAUUAUGCCUGUGUUGGCAGCUAAAGAGAAACCUCCUAUAAAUGUUGUGGGUGAUGUUGGAGGAAGAAUUGCUAUUAUGGUGGACGAUAUGAUUGAUGAUGUAGAAUCUUUUGUAAUGGCUGCAGAAGUGCUGAAAGAAAGAGGAGCUUAUAAAAUUUAUGUUCUAGCCACCCACGGAUUACUAUCAUCAGAUGCCCCCAGGUUACUUGAAGACUCUGCUAUCGACGAGGUUGUAGUCACUAAUACUGUUCCCCAUGAGGUCCAAAAAAUGCAGUGCCAUAAGAUAAAGACUGUUGACAUCAGCGUCCUGCUGUCCGAAGCCAUUCGACGCAUCCACAAUAAAGAAUCCAUGUCAUAUUUGUUUCGUAAUGUUACUUUGGAAGAUUGAUCCUUUUUUUUUUUUUUUUUUUUUUCUUUUUUAAGCUUGCUAUUCCAGACUUUUGUUGAGAUUUUACAUAGUGUCAGCUAUUUUCUCUUAUUCUUUUUGCACAAAUACUUGUUAUAUUAAAACACAUUAUUGCAAAA